CCACACCAUGAGAGCUGCUACCAGAUUGUUCAAACACACUCCCCUCAUCAAGUUCGUUGGUGGCCCCCACACUGCCCCAAAAAACGUAUCACACGCCGCAAAGGCUCACCCUAUGGCUCCAAAUGGCGAAUUACCAGGUAGCGGAUCCAGUGGAUCCAGCGCAGGUGCUUCGUACUUCAACAAGAACCCAGUCGAGCCUCAAAAUGGUGAAUUCUUCUCCAGAAGCCAAUUGUCCAGCAGAUUCAGAUACAAGGCCCCCAAGGAAGAAGAAAUUGACAACGUCAUCACUGGAGGUGCUGCUUUGGUGUUCUGAUUUCCUACACCUUCCGG